AUGUCUGGCUUUUCCUUUGCAGCUUUAGCAACUGAUUCGAAUGAGGAUGAACGUAUCCGACACGAAUUCGAUGCGAUCCAUGAAUGGCUAGUGGGUACAGCUAAAUCAGUACCGGAUGAUAAGGAUGAGUUGCUGGAGGAGGAGGAUUGGAUGCGGCUAUGGGUAGAUCUGACAACUCGCUUGGAGGCAUGCAUAACAGUUGGAAGGGGGAAGGGCAUUGUCCUUGGGCUAUCCGCGGAUGAAGUGAUUGCGGGUGAUGCGGGUCAAUCAAUGUAUGAGCACUUCUGUGGACAGGAAGAAGUCAGUGAUGGAGGUGAGCGUCCCGGAUAUACCUGGGGUUUCUCGGGCAACUUGAUCGAAGUUACCACCAGUUCUCGUUCUGCAGCGUGUAGAGAGAAGGCCAAUGGUAGCAGGGCAUCUGCAGUCAGUGCGUCUGUGGGCGGGUCUAUCCGUCGCACGGUCUCGUCUCCUACUCUGGACUCUGCUGCUAAGGAUGCUUCGUCGGAUGGGGAGUCUGAGGUUGCAGCCGAUCUGCCGCCUCGUCAUAUUCGUCCCCGUCCUACUCGUCAGACUAACAAGGGAAAAGGGCACGCAAUCAAUGUCGAUGAAUAUGAGGAUGAGAAGUCGAAAAUGCGGAUGGAAAAUGAGGAGCUUUGUCACGGAUUGCGCAAGGUGCAAGGUAAGCUUUUGAAGAUGUAUGAAUUGGCAUAUGAGUUGGCGGAUGACCUGAGGAAGAUGGAGGCGAAGUUGGCGGAUCGCAUGUAA